UCCUCUGCCACGUGUAAUUAUUAUACAAUUGAAACGUUUUACGUUUGAUGAUUCAAAUAAUAAAAUUCAUACAUUUGUUAGAUAUCCAUUGCAAAAUUUAAAUAUUGGAAAAUAUCUUGCCCAAACACUAAGUAAUCAACAACAACCCAAGACAAUUUACAAUUUAAUUGCUGUAUCAAUGCAUACUGGUAGUUCAUUACGUAGUGGGCAUUAUACAACAUAUGCAAAACAUUCUGUUACUGGAGCUUGGCAUCAUUUUAAUGAUAAUUCUAUAGAACUGGUGCGAGACAAAAUGAGUGUUAUUUGUGACAAAGCUUAUGUGUUGGUCUAUUUAAAAAGGACAUAG